GACGCUUAGUAACAGGAGAGGCGACGCAUGCGCAGUUGUUAGGGCGCGAUGGCUUGUUGGUAAGACAGGGUUGCCUGGCGCUGCAAAAGACCGUAGCCAGAAAGUGGUGGCUGCAAGUUCGGGGGACGGAGGGUCGGGCGUUUAACUUGUCAGCGAGAUGGACCCUGCGGUUAUUGGGCGCACUCUCGAAACCCUGGGAAAAGUCAUUCGGAAACCUCCUCUGACUGAGAAACUGCUGGGGAAACCUCCAUUCCGCUAUCUGCACGAUAUCCUGACUGAGGUGAUCAGGACAACUGGGUUCUUUAAGGGACUGUAUACAGACUCAGAACUUAAAUCAGAUAAUGUAAAGGAAAAAGAUGCCAAGAUUAACUUUUUACAAAAGGCUGUUGAUGUUAUUGCACUGGUAACUGGAGAGCCACUGACUGUAAAACCUGCCCGAAUUGUGGCUGGGCAUGAACCAGAGAAAACCAAUGAGCUGCUUCAAGCCAUAGGAAAGUGCUGCUUGGAAAAGCUGUCCAGUAACGAAGCAGUUAGAAGAGUUUUGGCAGGGGAGAAGCCAGACUCAAGGGUGAAGUCAAAUUCCAAACCUCAGGACAAAGUCAGCAUAGAUGCCAAAGACAAGGAUCGAAAGAGGAAUAAACAGGACAAAAGGGAAUCCGAUAAUAGGGAGGGAAGUGGCAGUAGAGAAAGGAGAGAAAAACAUUUUGAAGAGGAAAGGAAAAAUGUAGAGAAAGAGAGAGAGCAGAAGAAGGAGAGUGAAAAAGAUCGAGUAGGAGAAGAACAGAGAAAUGGCUUGAAAGAAGGAGAAAAAAUGAAUAAAGAAAAGAACAAAGCAAGAGAUUCCAGGUUGGAUACAGAGAUAAACAAAAUCAAGGAGAAAAACAGGGAUCGAAAAAGCGAUGGGAGCCGGAGGAAGGAGAAGGACAGAAUCAAAGAAAAUGGAUCGGAAAGAGACCAUGGAAAAGAGCGUAGUAAAGAGAUGGAUCCAGAAAGGCAUAAAAGAAAAGAGCGCGCAAGAGAGGAUGAACAAAGAGAAAGAGAAGAAAUUAAAAUCAAGGAGCAAGAAAAAACAAUGCGUAAGUCUAAAGGAUCAGAUAAUUCACCCAAGAGGGCAUUAGAGGACCCUAUGAAAGAAAACAAAUCUGCAGCAGAUAAAGAGAGGCUUUCAAAUGCUGUUAAGGCAGAGCGACCUUCUGCUUCCAAAUUACGGGAGAGGCGUCCAGCAAGGUUUGAUAUGGAAGGAGAGUCAGACAGUGAAGAAGAAAAAGAAUCCUCAGAGCCCCCCGCUACAGAUUUUAAGGAAAAUCUAGAUGUUCAGUCACCGAACAUGACUCAGAGCAGGCGUAUUCCUCGCCCAGGCAGUGCUCGUCCGGCACCCCCUCGAGUCAGACGACAAGGAAGUGCAGAAGUUCCUGUUCCAGAAAGGGUUGGCAGUGGAAAAGAGCUCGCUAACGUUAUUGUUGAUAAAGAAAAGGAGGAUGAUGAUGAGUUUGUUGUGGAGGAAGCUCCUCUUCAGUUGCCAGAUAUGCCUGAAAUGGAACUUGGGCAAAGAGUGGAACUACGAGAAGAUGAGAAGCAUGGUGCCCUUGUCAACAAAAUCUUAGAAACCAAGAAAGACUAUGAUACUCAGGCAGAUACAGAAAAUAAGGAGAAGGUUUUCCUAUCUGAUGCGGGGAAGAAACAAGAGAAAGAUCUGGUGAUAAGGGAAAUCGAGAAACUGCGUAGUUCUAUUCAGACGCUGUGCCGAAGUGCCCUACCUUUGGGAAAGAUCAUGGACUACCUUCAGGAGGAUGUGGACACGAUGCAGAAUGAGCUGCAGAUAUGGAGACGGGAGAACAAUCGGCAUGCCAAAGCAUUGCUCCAGGAGCAGAGUGUCACUGAGACAGCUGUAGAGCCCCUGAAGGCAGAACUAGCAGAGCUUGAACAACUGAUCAAAGAGCAGCAGGACAAAAUAUGCUCCAUGAAAGCCAACAUUCUGCGCAACGAGGUGAAGAUCCAGAAGAUGGUGCUGAGAAUUAACGUGUAGCAUCUAGGGUGUUGUGUAAUGAUGCCAACUGCAAGGAAUUUCUUUACCGAUUCCCAUGCCAAGUGAAAGGUUCAGCUGGUCUGUUGUGCUCUUGUUGCUGAUGAAUUGUUCCUGUCUUUAUAAAUUUCCGGCAUUACUCUCUCUCUCAGGAGUCUCCUCUUCUGGAAUGUCAUGCUGUAAGGCUUGUAGAUUGCAGAAGAGACUUCUCCUGCGCUUUAUACAAAGCCAUAUGUUUUUGGUGAGAAUAGGAGAAGCUAUAUGCAUACAGAAACACCAUCAGUAUCUGUAUUCAGAAUUUGCUCAUUCAUUGGACCUUUCACAAUGCAGAUAACAAUCAAGCACUUUGUUUCUCAAAACUGCACUAACAGAGUGAAAGCUCUUUACAUUUUAUAAAUUGUCUGCAUCUGCUUUCCAACUCACUGUAGCCUCUCCACUUUCAUUGACUCUGAUUUUGCUGAAGGAUCUCAGAGUAUGGGGAUAUUCUUGCAGAGCAUGCAGCUCUUCUAAUAUAAAGCCUCCUAUUACUACUGCACUAUGAGUUAGACAGUUAUAAGAUGUAUGGACUUCUACGUUUAUAUAUUGUUUUGUUAUUUAUUUUGUGUAUUUAUAUACACAGAAAUUACACACUAUGAAUUUUGUAAAUCAUAAAAUAUUUUUUUUAUUUUUAAUGUUUGAUUAAAUCUGAGGGGAGAAGUGUCAA